AUGGAUGCUGCUGUUGAGUCAUCCUCAGAACCGAGUGUUUCUAUAAUCCAGAAAGCUGACAGUAAUAAUAAUAAUGACAAGGCGAAGAAUGAAAAUUCGUUUAGCAAACUGUUUCAAUAUUCAACUACAACAGACAAAUCUCUAGUACUUAUUGGUAAUGUAUCUGCAAUCUUAUUGGGUGCAUCAUUUCCCACUUCGAUACUUAUUUUUCGUACAAUGAUUAAUGGAAUGUUUGCUAACGACGCAAGUAGUAAUAUCUAUGGCCUAUUGGGAUGGUAUGUACUAAUGGCAGCAUUCAUGUUUAUUAUAUGUAUGUGUAAAUCAAUUUGUAUUGGAUUCGCUUCUAAACGGAUAGCGAGACAAAUUCGCCUGUUGUAUUAUCAAGCUGUAUUAGAAAAAGAUAUUCUCUGGUUUGAUCAACAUUCAUCCGGUGAUAUAAUCAAUAAUUUAUCAGAGAAUAUUAAUUCCAUAGAAUUCGGUAUCGGUACAAAACUCGGUGAAUUUACACAGAAUAUGAGUGGAUUUUUAGCUGGUCUUAUUAUUGGCUUUAUUGUCAAAUGGAAAUUAGCUCUGGUUGCAUGUGCUACCCUCCCGUUUGUUGUCACAGCUUUCUCCCUAUUCGGUGUUGCAUUUAAAUAUUUUCAUACAAAAGAGUUGAAUGCUUAUUCACGAGCGAGUACAGUAUCAAGUGAAGUAUUAUCAUCGAUUAGAACUGUGAUUGCUUUCGGUGGAGAAGAACGUGAAUCAAUUAGAUAUCAAAGGGAAUUAUCUUCAGCUGAAUCAAUGGGGAUUAAAAAAGCAACAGCAUUUGGAGGUGUUGGCGGUUGUAUAGGAUUCGUCAUAUUUUCAUCAGCAGCUUUAGUCUUUUGGUAUGGUGUAAAAUUAAUUCAAGAUGAGAAUACGGAUCCCGGUGCUGUGAUUGCGGUAUUUAUUAAUAUUCUGCUGGGGAGUAUAUUUCUUGGGAAUGCCUUACCAAAUGUACCUUAUAUCCUUGGUGCUGUCACAGCAUCCAAGGAAAUAUUUGCAACUAUAAAUAAUGCUUCUUCUAUAAAUAAAAAUGAAGUUGGUAAAAUUGUUGCAAAUUUUAAUGGAAGUGUCACAUUCCGUCAUGUGAAUUUCACUUAUCCCACACGUCCAGAUAUACCUGUACUUUCAAAUUUCUGUUUAACUAUUGAAAGUGGUCAAACCGUGGCACUGGUUGGUUCAAGUGGUUCUGGUAAAAGUACUAUUAUACACAUGCUUCAACGUUUUUAUGAUCCUACAGAAGGUGAAAUUUUAAUACAGGGCAUAAAUUUACGUGAACUUGAUAUGACAGUGUAUAGAAAUCAAAUAGGCUGUGUACAACAAGAACCAGUUUUGUUCGAUGGUACUAUACGUGAAAAUAUUCAAUUGGGUAAAUUGGAUGCUACAGAUAAAGAAAUUGUCGCCGCUGCUAUGGAAGCUAAUGCACAUCAAUUUAUUAUGAAUUUACCACAGGGUUAUGAUACAAUGAUUGGUGAAAAAGGCAGUGGUUUAUCCGGUGGACAAAAGCAGCGAAUUGCUAUUGCUCGUGUACUUCUACGAAAGCCUAAACUAUUACUGUUGGAUGAAGCUACUUCGGCUUUAGACACCCAGUCUGAGCGUAUUGUACAAGCUGCAUUAGAUAAAAUUGUCUACAAAUGUACUGUAUUAGUAAUUGCUCAUCGUUUAUCAACAAUUCGAAAUGCUGAUCGUAUUAUUGUGCUAGACCAGGGGUGUAUACGUGAAGUUGGUACACAUGAAGAAUUGCUACAACUGAACGGGUUAUAUGCAACAAUGUUACAUGGGCAGGAGAAGCAAACAGACGACUCUUCAGACAGUGAAAAAGAAUAUUAUCAUGUUGAUUCAGAUAUUUAUGAUCAAAGGAAAAGAAAACUGCCUUACUCAAAUCCAGUUUCAUCGCCGACAGAUAAAGACUGCUAUUCUGAAUGCAAUAGUACUUCUACAGUUGCCUUGUCAAAUUCAAAACCAGUAAAAACUGUACGUUGGGUAAAGUCCUCGUUAAGCUCAAAGAUUUCUACAUUUCGUGAAUCAAUGUACAUACGUCUGUUAUUAGUGAAUCGUCCAGAAGUUUUAUUCAUUGUGUUAGGCUGUUUAUGCUCAGUGAUAUCAGGAUUAUUACAACCAGCGUUCGCCUUACUCUACUCUGAAGUUUAUCAGGUAUUUAGUCUUCGUAAUGAUCCAAAUAGAAUGAGAGAAAAAAUAAAUAUGGUAUCUGCUGUUAUGGCUGGUUUAGGAGUUGUACAAUUUAUCAUUGGUAUUCUACAGGGUUAUUUAUUUGGAGUUUCUGGUGAACGAUUAACCAAACGUUUACGCUCGAAUUUAUUUGACUCUAUGCUGAAACAGGAAAUUGGUUGGUUCGACAAAGCAGAAAAUCAAGCCGGUGCAUUGACUGCAUUUCUAUCAACGGAUGCUUCAAAAGUUGCUCAAAUCAGUGGAUCCAGACUAAGUACAGCAUUGGAAGCUUCUGUUUUAAUCUUUGCCUGUCUUAUCAUUGGAUUUAUUUAUAGUUGGCAGUUAACAUUAAUUAUGGUACCAUUUAUACCAGUGCUAUUAUUAUCUUCUCGUGUACAGAUGAGAACUGCUCGUUCAAAGACAAAUGAUACAAAAAUGACUAAAGCAUUAUGCAUUGCUAAAGAAUCGAUUAGUGCAAAUCGAACAGUAACAAGUCUAUCCUUAGAAGACUACUUCUUUGAACGUUUUGAUUCAGCUUGUGAAGAAGAUUUUAAAUCCCAGAUCAUAGAUUCGAUUGGUGUAGCUAUUGUUCAAGCGUUGGCUUUAUGCGGUCCAGUACUUAGUUUAUGUGCAUGUUUUGCACUGGGAAUUUAUUUAAUGCAACAAAAUGCAAUUAAUGUCGUAUCAUUGUUCAAAGUAUAUAUCACAUUUAGUAUGUGUUCACAAGCUCUUGGUCGUAUAACUGCUUUCAGUACAGAUACAAAAACAGCUGAAGAAGCUAUGCAACGCAUAUUCAAUGUUAUCGAUCGUGAACCGACUAUACCAACUCAUAAAGGUUAUGAACCAAAGGAGAAAUUUAAAGGUCUUAUUGAAUUCAAGAAGGUUAAUUUCAGAUAUCCAACCAGACCUGAAGUAAAAGUGAUUAAAAAUUUUUCACAUCGUAUUAAACCUGGAAAAAAGGUGGCAUUAGUCGGACAGUCGGGUUGUGGAAAAUCAACACUCAUACAACUGUUACAGCGGUUCUAUGAUCCGUCAGAUCAUGGUGAUGCCUAUGGGAUCUUUUUUGAUGGUAUGAAUAUUCGCCAACUAUCACCUUAUUGGAUACGUAGACAAAUUGGUAUUGUAUCACAAGAACCGGUAUUGCUUAAUUUAAGUUUACGUGAAAAUAUUGCCUAUGGUGAUAAUACACGUAAUGUUACUAUGGAUGAGAUUAUAGAAGCAGCUAAAUUAGCGAAUAUUCAUGAUUUUAUAUUAUCUCUGCCUAAUGCAUAUGACACAUUAGCAGGUCAAGAUGGUUCACAGCUGUCUGGCGGCCAAAAACAACGUAUCGCUAUAGCACGUGCAUUAAUACGUAAGCCAACAUUAUUGCUACUUGAUGAAGCAACAUCUGCAUUGGAUAAUGAAAAUCAACGUCUGGUACAAAAAGCACUGAAUGAUGCAAUGUUAACUCGUACAGCUGUUGUUGUAGCUCAUCGUUUGACUACUAUUGAAAAUGUUGACCUGAUUAUUGUUUUAUCUAAUGGACGUGUAUGUGAAUACGGGAGAAUGGAUGAAUUGAUUGCCAAGAAAGGUGAAUUCUACAAUUUAUAUAAAUCUGAUGAGAAAAAAUAAGAAAAAUGAGCAAAAUAGAACAAGUCAAAAGAUUGUUGUUGUUUUUUAGAUAUAAGUAUAUGUACUACUUAUUUGCAUAUAAGUAGACUAUUUAUAUUUAUGAAAGAAAAUUGAGAUUUUUUAAAAUGGCUUUUAUAACAAUCAUUAUUUUUUGUCGUUGUUAUUGCUGUUGACUCCAGUAGGUCCGGUCAGAGCUGUAUUUGUCUAUAUUAUUCAUAUCUAUAUUGAUUGCAUUAUCCGCCUUCAUUUUGUAACACACUCCCUGACUUCCACUCUUUUCUACAUAAUGACAAUCAAUUAUUCCAUAAUCAUUAAUUACACAAGUGAUUUCUACAAAUACACAGAAGAACAUCAAUGAUCACUUUAUACCACCUUUUGUAAUAUUUGUUUUGCUAUGGUA